AUGUCCUCGAUUCUAGAAGACCAAUACGACCUGGAGCUAUCCAACGUUAUAGACCUUUACCAGAACCAAACACCAAUCGAAGACGAUGGAAGCGAAUAUUUUGGCUGGUCUGAUGAAGAUGCUGCUGCUGCUGAUGACGAAAACACCAGUGUUGCUCUCAUCGACGAAUCCCAAUUUUUAGACUUAACGACGCCUAUAUUUACUUCUACUUCAGAAGCAGAGAUAUCGAGUACUAUCUCUACGGAUAUAAAUCAAGAUAUACUUCCUCCAAUCCAGCCUGCUACUAUUUCGAAACUAUCACCUUCUAUCCAGCUUCCAUCUACAACGCAAAACUCGCCCGAAAUACCACAAAGUAUCACCGCAGCCACAACGGCGACAUCAAUCGAUCCGGCCACAGAUCCCACUAUAGACCCUCAAAUACCAGAGUUAGAUAUUGCAGGAAGACUACAUAAAAUCUUCCUCGAAAACCGAGAAGAUGAAACAGUCACUAUAACAUGGGAAGAAUCUGACAACUCGUCGCGGCCGUCUGCUUGGGUCCUAGAGAAGAUUGACGAGGUAUUCACUGCAUGGCUGGAUGUUAUUGAUAGCAAAGGAAAGCUAGUGGUGAGACUUAGAGAAUGUGAAAAAGUUAUAUUACGAUCUAGUCGGAAUCAACCGAAAAGGUUUUGGAGAACACUUGUGUAUCCCGGACCGUGUUCUCGCGAUAAUCAGAAGUUUGGUACGCGGUCAUUUUUCAAUAUUGAGCAAUACGUAGUCACGGGAAUAUUGGGUGUUUACAGUUACGUAGGGGCAUUUGUCAGGGUUCUCGAACUCGUGAGGGAGGCUAUAAAACUGGAUAAGAUUUAUACUAAACGGGAUAUAUACUACAAAGAUGUGGCCCUUUUCGGGUCCCAGCAGACUGUCGAUAAAUUGGUCGAUGAUAUUGCUUCCGCGCUCGGCGUUCCGAGGCGAUCAUUACAUAUCACAGCUGCCGCUAAAGGUCUCGUCUGUGGAGACCUCAGUAUCUUCAAAACCGACGGCAGCAUAAUAAACUGCAACAUAGAAGGCGAAGGCGUGCUUAUCCCCUCAUCCACCGACAUCGAGAAGGUCGAAAUCAGAGACAGCGAUACAGUUCUCAUAAUCGAGAAGGAGGUAGUGGCAAAUCGUAACCAGGAUUUCGUAUCAUUAUUCUUACUAACCACGCCAACUAAAAACAAGGCUAUCUUUCGAACUUUAGCAGAGUCCGGGGAUUGGAAGCGACUCCCUGGUCGCCCUAUACUCAUUUGCGGCAAAGGAUACCCCGACAUCGCAACCAGAGAACUCGCCCAUUAUCUCUAUCUCACAAAGAGCCUUGCGGGCCAAUACCUAGACUUCUACUGUCUAGUCGACUAUGAUCCGCACGGACUGGACAUCUACACCAUGUACAAAAACGGCAGCUUGUCAUCUCGUGCCACAGGCAUGUUUUAUGAACAAAUGGCGGUUCCAGCGUUACGGCAUCUUGGAGUAAAGUUUUGUGAUAUUCUGGAGUAUUGCUCCGUGGAAGGUAGUAGUAUGUCUCAGACAAUUGAAGAAAGCGGUAUUAUCUCAACGGACAACGGAGAGGAGCCACGUAGUAAACGGUUACGCUAUACUUCGUCGCCUCCGCAGGGAUUACUACCAAUGACUGCGCAUGAUAGGGCGAAAGCGGUAUCGAUGCUCCAACGGGACCAUAAUACGGUAGCAGCAGAACACACCGACGACCUAAGGAAGCUGCUAUUUGUGGGCUAUAAAGCCGAGAUCCAGGUGUUAGGGGACCAGCUGGUCAGAUACCUAGAUGAGAAGCUGGGAGGGCAGAGGAUCGGAUUGGCUUCUUGA